AUGGGACGAUCAGAUAUCAGAACCCUCCCACACUUUUAUUAUAUCGCACCACCACCGACCCGAAACGCCUGCCAACUUCCCAUCCGUCAGAUCCUAGCGCUCCGGUGGGCGUACUUCAAAGACCCGUGGAACCGCUUCGAUUUCUUCAUCGUGCUCGGCAGCACUGCGGGCUUACUGUCGCUCUUGUUUCUCGACUCAAAGUACGGGACCAUCAUCACCGUGAUCCGCACCUUCAGGGUAGGCCGCGUUCUCCGGCUCGUUCGGGGGAUGGGGUCGAUGUCCCAGCUGUUCCAGACGCUGCUCAUGACGCUGCCCAGCAUGGGCAACGUGGGGGCUGUGCUCUUCUUGCUCUUCUUCAUCUUUGCGGCCAUGGGGGUUCAGCUCUACGCCAAGGUGGGACUCGAGGGGGCCCUGAACGCGCAGGCCAACUUCCGCUCAUUCUGGGACACGAUGGUCUUGCUGCUGCGGUUUAGCACGGGCGAGAACUGGAACGGCUUCAUGCACGACGUAGCUGCGGAGAGGGACGGGUGUCGGUCUGACCCCGAGUACGACCCCGACGUCUGCGGGUUCACGAGCCACGAUAACUGCAUCCCGAUCGAUGGGUGCGGCAGCUGGACCAUCUACCCGUACAUGAUCAGAUACACCACCUUUUGCAUCAGACCCACUCCCACACGCCCCACGGGGCCUCUCACGGUUGCGCUCGCGUCGGUGCGUGUCGUUGCCCCUCCCUCCCCACCUUCCGUCAGCUUCACGUUUUUGAUUACCUUCGUGUUCCUGAACCUGUUCAUCGGGGUGAUCCUGGACGGCUUCGACAGCGCGAAGGAGGAGUCGGAGGACUUCAUCACGGAGGAGGACUUCACGAGGUUCGCGGAGCAUUGGUCCACCUUCGACCCCCACGCGACCUGCCUCAUGUCCGUGCAGUGA